AUGGAGUCUCUUGGUGUUUUUGCUGAGGGGGAUCAAUGGGAGUGUUUCAGCAGAUUGUUCUCUAACGAAGAUCAAGAGCUCGAUUUCACUCCACAUUUUCUUGGUCAUGAAGGUUCAUCAUUUCCUUUCCAGCACAAUGAGGGAUUCAAUUUUGAAACCCAAACCAUUCUUUGCCCUGAUCCUGAAGCUGGUGAUGAAAUGGGAUUGACCAGGUUCAAUCACAGCUUCUUUCAUUCUUUAGACACUGUCAACUCCAAUAUGCACUAUCUUCCUCAAGAAGAUAGUUCCGGUUAUACUGCUAGCAGUGGCAUUUUUACUGCCAGUCUGAACCCAGAGAAUUACUACUUUGGUGGUAACUCUUGUUAUACCCCAAUGAGUAAUGACAUGUCUACAUCCAUUGAUGUUUCUAUGACUGGGAAUGUUGAUGGCAAUGUUGGGUCAUUCAUCCCGGCAUUUAGUGACACUGGCAAUGUCUGUAACACUGGAGAUUCCGGCAGUGGUAGAAUGGGCAUUUCCAAUGACAGUCAAGCACCAAAGGAACUGCACCUUAAGAGGAUGCAUGAUGCUGCAGAAGAGAAAUCCAACACUGAAAAUGCAUCUGAGAGUAACCCGAAAAAGAGACCCCGUUUGUCGAAAGAGAAAACUAAGAAGAACAAUGUGAGGCCAAAGAAGAGCCAAAAGGCCAGCUCUGAUGCGAAGGUGAUGAAAGAUGAAAACGAGAGUAACGCAGCAGUGGAUCGACAGAGCUCUAGCUCUUAUAACAGCUCUGAGGAUGACAAUGCUUCUCAGGAGACAAAUGGAGCAGGAGAAGUUUCAGACCCCAAAUCAUCAUCAGCCCUUAACUUGAAUGGCAAGACAAGAGCCAAUAGAGGAUCUGCAACUGAUCCCCAGAGCCUCUAUGCUAGGAAACGCAGGGAGAGAAUCAACGAGCGAUUGAGAGUCUUGCAGAAUCUUGUCCCUAAUGGAACAAAGGUUGACAUCAGCACAAUGCUGGAAGAGGCAGUCCAUUAUGUCAAGUUUUUACAGCUCCAGAUCAAGCUUCUGAGCUCCGAUGAUAUGUGGAUGUAUGCUCCUAUUGCUUAUAACGGAAUGGAUAUCGGUCUCGAUCUGCACAAGAUGUCUCCACUUCUAUGA